UCCCUCGUGACUUCUCCUUCUCAUAUUGUCCUUUCUUCACAGUCACCUAUCCUCAAACUCCACUCGCCAUCCUCACCCUACAAGAACGACUUCCCCUUGCAUUGCCUCUUAGGCUUUGAUCUCUCCCUUCUAUAUAUUUAUAGAUCGCCCAGAAUUCGAGGGACACAAAUAGCCAAAAGAUGUCCAGCAGGAGAUCCCGAUCGAGGCAGUCCAGCUCGGGAAGGAUCACCGACCAACAGAUCGACGACCUCAUGUCGAAGCUGCAAUCGCUUCUCCAUGAAGCACGACUUGGGAGCCACGACAGGGCUUCAGCAGCGAAGGUGUUGCAGGAUACGUGCAGCUACAUCAGAAGCUUGCAUCGGGAGGUCGACGACUUGAGUGAGAGGCUGUCGGAGUUGCUCGACGCUGCAGGCGUAAGUAGCGAUCAAGCCGCGUGCAUUAGGAGCCUGUUCAUGUGAAACGAUCUAUGCUACAUGCAUAGUUCAUAUACCAUUCACGAGAGUAGCACUCAACUACAUUACUGUUGAGGAACAUGAAAUCGAAACUCAUUUCAGGGAGUUAUCUGAUGCAUCGAACCGUGCUUCAUCUUUCUUGAAUGAACGA